ACGCCCAAUCCUUCCGGCACUCGGCACAUCGGCGCUACCACCGCCAAAGAUGCUAGAUCUUCGAAUCAAUUAUCGCGGAGAAGCCUACUCGAGAUUUUAGAGGACUCGACAGAAAUCUGGACAAAAUGUCGAUGACUGGGAGCUUAAUGGGAUACGAGAACAACAACGAUGUGAACCAGGCCAAGUGUAAAAAGCCGUUGAAGCCGCUGCCGGUCGUGUCGAGCAUCAGCUCGAGCGGCGUAACCACCACGAGCAAGGCGAAGAAAACGCGAAAAUCGACGAGGAAAGAAUCCUGCAUACGCGGUCAUGUGAACAGCCUCUGGUCCGUCUGGUACGGCAUUCUAGCUGUCGCUUUUCAGGCGUACAUAGCAAUGAGAUACGCCAGACGAUUCGCCGCUUAUCUUUCACUACCGUGGCCGGCGGACGCGCCACCUCCUAAAAUCGAACUCUACGCCUGCCUGGUGCUGGCCGGCACCGGGGUCGUUUUACUUCCGGUGCUACUUGGUGCGGCGUUCUUGAAGCUCGGCAAUCUCGCGAACGAUGGAAUAAAACUGGGCCGACAUUUGAGCGCCUGCUCGCGCGACCCGCCGUCUUCGCUUCUCACUAAUAACGCCGAUAAUAGUCUGGCGAAUAAUUUAUGGAGACACGGCGGCCCUACGGCGGCCUUCGUGCACCUCUGCACGGCCAUGUGCUUCCUUCUACCCUCUCUGCUCAUGGAGGCGAGGCUAAUACACGCUGGAUUCCUGCCAAAAGACGCGAUAUGGAGGACCGACCUGGAUUGGGUAGUGAUCCAUCGCGAUCGGCUGGUGUUGCUGAGUUUUAUGAACCCGAUCGGCAACAUAAGCACCUUGACCGGCACGAUAACUCCGCAGCCCUUCGUAACCUUAACUCCGGACGAAGCCGGCCUUAACGAGGAUCUCGACGAGUUCGCCACCCCGACGUCCAGUCUGACGAACAUCGCGCUUCCCGAUGCGGUCGAGACUCGUGCCGGCGAGACGACCACCACGUUCUCGACGAUUGUCCAACCGAUCGUUACCAAUCCAACUGUGAACCCCGCAACGACUACCGGCAAAACAAAUACGGCGACGAGCACAACGAGCACCGAGGCGACUUCGAGCGCGCAAUCGAAGACAACGGUGUUGCCGAAGGGCAGCACCGCGAGACGACCGACCAUGAGAACUAUCGCCAGGAACGGCAGUUCGAAGGGCAGGUCAAAGGCGAAGAAUCUCACGAGGAUAACCACCACGGCGAAGCCUGCCCGAGCGGCCGGCGGGAACAUGACGGCGCAGAAUAUGCCGCUGACGAUGAACAGCCUGGCGGAUCUCGACCAUCCCGAGAAUUUGAAUCUGGAACUUCAAACAGCCGAAUCAUACGGCCCGAUUACUUUGGAAUAUCUGAAUUACGCCGUCGCGCUCGGCGUAUACUCGGUAAGAUAUCCCGCCGUCUUCUGGUCGUGCAACAAAGCAUUGGGCACAAUCUUCAGCCUGCAGUUGGUCGUAAAUUCAGCGCAGAGUCUGCUGGCUUACGCCGGAAUGUCCGUCCUUUACAAGGUGCAAGUUGUGGGGCCUUUGAAAGUCCUACCGCUCCUCCGGCACCGCACCGUAGCGGCCACCAGUACAAUUUCAACGAUAUUCGGAGACUCCUACUUUCUGCUGAAUCCCCAUGUAACCCUCGUGCUAUUUGCCCUCUCGUCCCUCCUCGUACUCUGCUCCAGCAUGGUCAUGUACUUCUACGCUCACGGCAGGUUCACGGCGUUCCUGAACCAGGAGCGCGAACGUCGCGUGAUCCUGCCGAAGGACGGCCGCGAGGGCAACGGCUGGGUCUACUUCACACACUGUACGGCGCUGUGCGUGUUCCUGGCGAUCGCGAUCUGCAGCGCACCGCUGCUCUACGACUACACCGUGGUGUACCGCGGCAGCCUGGACGGUGCCAUCCUCGCCUGCAUCAUCGGCACGAUCCUCCAUCUCUUCCUCUGGAUGCUGCUCUGGAUAUUCCUCACCAUCAAGCAGCGCUGGACGUUCAAGCUGCGCGUCACCAUCGGACGCGCCACCGUCAGGUCCGCCAGGUCGGUCAAGCUCGUCACCGACGUCGACCUGCUGUCGGCUAGGGACGACGACGACGGCACUAGCGCGCCCCUACUCGUGGUCGGUAACGGCAGGACGUACACCAUCGCCGAUACCUCGCCGAAGAAGGCCAUCAUGAGCGUCAUACAGAAGGCCGCGAUGGAGAGGAAAGCGCGAUCGCAAGGCGGAAACGUCGAUGGAGUCGACGGGGAGCCGACGGCCGACGGUGACGAGCAGAUCUACUGGCUCAGGCCAAAAUUGCGCCCCUCGCCCGCACAGUCCCCGAACGACGCCGGCGGCGCGCCGACGUCCGACAAGGGCUGGCUGAACAAGAAGCUGAAGCCUAAGGUCACCUUUAACGACCUGCCUAGUACGUCAGGCUCGCGUAAUAAGGGAAAAGCCAGACGAGGCGUCACUGACGGCGGGCCUGAUGAUGACGGAGAUUACGCCACGUUACGCGAAUUACCGCUGAUCACCUCGCUGGACCCGGCCGAUGAUUCCACCUCCGAAGAGAACAAGUGGACGAGAUGGCCGAUAACACGUAGGGACGGUAUACCUAAAUUCCGAAACAUGAACGGCGGCCAGACGCCGCGGUGCCUGCGCCGUGCGGACUCCGGGAUGCCGCACGACGAGCUGACGCCGCGCUCGGACUCGUCGAACUCGCCGCCGCUCGACGCGGUGGGCGCCGGCUCGGUGGCCGGCCACAGCAACACCAGCAGCAACAGCGAGACGUCCAGCGGCGUGCACAGCAACGCGAGCAACGCGAGCAACGCCAGCCACAGUAGCUCGCAGCGGCGGGCGACCAGCGUGGACGACCUGACCGGGGAGCCGCGCGAAGAACCGCGCGAGCAGUGGCGCAGCUGUUCGCUUCAGCGGGGCACGCAGCCGCCGACGGCGAACAGCACGUUCUCGCCGCCCAACAGUCGGCCGGGCACCAGCCAGUCCUUCUCCUCGCCGCAGUACGUGAACCACGUGCCGCCGUUCAGCAACGCCGUCAACAACGGCGAGAUCGGCGCCGGGUGUCCGGCUGUCAUCCUGGAGAACCCGAACGAGGCGACGGUGGUGAUCCGCCGCAAGCUCUCGAGAACGAAGCUGACGGACCCGCUGAACCCCGAAGAGCCGUUCGGCCGGUCCACCAACAUGCGCAUGACCUCCUUCACGGAGAGCAACGACAUCCGCAUACAGGCUUCCUCGGCGACCCUGCCGCACUACCCGACCCAGCCGAUCGUCACGUACCCGCACUGCUCGACGAUGCCGUUGCCGCACGCCUCCCACAGCGUGGCGACCGCCAACAUGAGCGGCGGCUCCACCGGCAGCUGCGGCUCCGUGCCGCGGCACACCUUCGUGCCGCCGCACACCACCGUGCCGACGCACACGACGCUACCGUCGCAUCACAACGGCGUCAGGCUGCUCCACGGCGGCGGUGCGAGCGGCGGUCCCAGCAACCCGUUCGUCAAGAGGUUCCCGCCGGUGCAGCUGCACACCCAACCGUGGGCGCUGCCCGGCCACCACACCUUCCCGCAGCUGCCGCAGAGCAACAACAAGCUCUCCGCCACCGCGCAGAUCAGGCAGAGCGACCGGGACUCGGCGAACUUCUCCAUGGCCAGCAGCGGCGACUCCGACACGUGCUUGCCGCAUUAGAGCGGCCGCCGUGGGAUGUGCCGGACUCGCCGGGCGUCUCUCAGUGUGUUUUACGUGAUAUUUUCGUAACUGACACUUCGCCGCUUCUUCCUCGAGGGCGGCCGAGGUCGAUCGAGAGACGCGCGACGGCCGGAGAGAGACGAGGUUUGCGCGAACUCGAGUACUUCGCUUUGGAAAUCGGUAAGAGGGUUCUCUUCGGCCGAAUCGUGAUCGUACGCGCCGCCUUACCAGGUAUGAAUCGUGCGCUUCUUCUUCUUGGCGUGCCUCACGCCUCGGAAGGGAAUAUCGGGAGACGAUACGACAUAUCACACACGCACUUGCCGUUUGUUAACGUAUAAAUGUACAUGCCAUUCCUCGAUAUAUCGCUACCUCUAUUUUUUAUAAUCUGAUGUAACUCGACGCGCCGGUCGGAUCUCGCCUGAUUAUUCAGAUAGAUGCGCGCCGAUGUGGCGCGGACGUAGAGUUUUAUCGCGUGAGAAUCGCGAGUGCAAAUUCCAUUCGUUCGAAUAAACGGCAAACGUAGUGUAAAAACGUGCGGGAAGACCGGGGAAGGCGCGGACGAGCAUCGUGCCACGAAUGGCUUGCGGGGACGAUUAAUAACUAUAAUUAAAAGCACCAAUUCCGUUACAUACAUAUCCUACCAGUCGUGAUCCCACUUUAUCUCUAAUCUCGCAAUAAAACGAAAUACCCGGGGGGCGAAUAGUGGUAAAUCGUGGAAACAAUAGUCACUCGAUCGAGAAAUCCCUCAUCCUGGUUGGGGCGCGUGAAAUCAGAUCACGAUGAAUUAAUAAGUGUAAGUAAUAACAAAUCCCCGCUCGAGUUUGCGAAAACGUCUCUCUCUCCCUCGGCACGCGUCGACGUGUGCUUAUAGUUAAAAUCAUCUCAAUUCCAUUCUAUUAUCUCGACAUACGAGGGAGAUAGAAACGCUUCGCGUGUGUCUGGAAAAUGCCGAGAACAACAAUCGUCGGCAGGCGAGAGUGAGAAUAAUGUAGUUAUCCCAUUUUAGGUAUGGAAGAAAAAAGUUAUCGUGUUGUCCUAAAUAAAAUUCGUGUAUAGAGUGAAGUAAGAAUAGUCGGUUAAGGAAAUGUGGAGAAAUUCGGGUCGCUACUUCAUCGUAAAGCGUACGCUUCUGUAUUUAAGAUCUUUUUUCUACCGAUUUAACAACUAUUGUAUAAAUUUUGUUAAAACCUAUUUGUACAUUGCUGAUUGUUUGUUUAUACUACGACUCGGGCGAGUCACUUUUUCAACUGCGAUAAGAUGGAAAAUGAUGAACAGAUGUUCUCACGUUUAAAUGCACGUUCAAACUGGGCGCGAGACUUUUUUUUAUCUCUCAUUCGCUCUUCAUCUUUUUCUUUUUUUUCUUUUGUUUUUUUUUUCUAUAUAUAUACGUAUAAUAUAUAUUUAUAUAGAUCUCUUGUCACAUCGAGAAUUCGUCAUCGAGAUAAAUGUUUGUUUGUCCCCAAAUCUUGUAUGAGUUGUGCGUUUAUAAGUAUUAGCAUUUACAUGCGAAAUGAUGCGAUUUUUGUAUGAAUUAUUAUGCCGUAAGAACGUUGUGCCGAUUGCAGUCGUACGAUUCACGGCCUUGACGAGACCUUCACGGUACAUCCAUCAGAAAUUCACCGUAACGUUGAAUCUGUUUAUGGCCUGGUGAAACGAGACACCACGAUUCUCGGGCUCGUGAUGGUCGUGUCGUAAGAUUUGCAAUAUUAACAGUGCCAUCGGAGUUAGUAAGCACACAAUCAGCAUAGAGAUUAGGAACGGUACUUUGUUCCGUAAUAAUUAAGCAGGCUGCUCAUAAAGUUUAAUUUAUGCUACGAGCAACAGCCGUAGACGAGAUCCGUCUCUCGCGACGAUAAUGUGUGCUACUUAUCCGUCUGUGAGAGAAUACCCAGUAUUUCUGUAUCCACGCAGUCUGUUGCUCCUCGUUACGAUCAUUGCGCGAAAUGCGCGGCAUUUCAUGCGCGCAACGUUCCGCUUUGACCUCUUCUCAUUACCGGGAAUUUUUAUUCGUUCAUACAUCAUUUCAAUCGAUACACAACGAGUAUUUAUUUAACGCCCGCAAAUUGUAUAAAUGACUCCAUUAAUGCUGGUCCGAUUCUCUAAGUAUAGUGACAUUGAAAAUUUCCAAUUAGGCGCGUUAUUUUUGUAUACCUGUGCAUCAUGAUUGCUGCUUUGCAGAAUUGUUACCGAUUCGUCAAAUUAUCAAGAUGCACAAAUAAUGUUCCUGAUUGGAAAUUUUCGAUGUUACUGUUACGCCUAAGGACAGCAUUAAUCGCGUCUACUAUACACACGGCGUCAUGUAUGCCUUACCAUUUCCUAGCUCGAAAAUUACACGAUUCUCACCCUUACGUGUAUGCACAUACGAUCAAAACCGUUAUAAUUAGAGCCAUUAUAACUCUAAUAUUAUAAUUUAAGUUACUUAUGUGGUCUUCGAUCUUAUACAAUUCGGCAUAAUAAAAGCUGCAGCAUUUUUUUCUCGAUAAGUAACGCUUUUGGGGUGUCCGAUAGAAGAAUUCAUUUUUUAGUGAUUCUCUCAAGAAAUACAUUUUCCUAUUAGAUACGCAGCGUGCUACGAGAAAAAAUGUUGCGACUUUUAUUAUUCCGAGUGCGCACGCGUAAGUUUGAAAUUGUACAACUCUCGAUCUAGGAAAUAAUAAGGCAUACAUGGUGCACAGUGUAUACAUAAGAAAAAAAUCAUUAGCGCGCCGUAGGAAGAGAAGGAAGCGCGCGUCUGCAAGCGCAGUCGCGAGCGGAAGUUGAGGGAAAAACGAUUACUGCCACUAAUCGUGAAGAUCUACCGAUCUCCAUUGUAUUUACUUGUUUCGUCGACUGCCAUGUUAUUUCGUCCUUUCGUGAAGUAUGAAUAAUCACCGUGCUCGUUUUAACUCGUACCUAGUGCGUUUACCUGCGCGUACUUGCUUGACUCGGCACGUGCGCGCGACCGUUCGCUACAUAAGUUGCGUUCUUUCGCGACUAUAUAUCACUUUAUGAGACGCGUGAUGUGACGCGAGACUGGUCUCUCGCGAAGAUGCAUCUCACACGUCCUCCUCGAGGCAUUUCUCGCGAUCUAACGCGACGGGCACUGUCGACCGGACGAGUGAAGGUCACUUACCCGGAGUAUUACAGAUCGAUCCGCCCAGAAGUAAUCCGCCAUUUAUCACGAGAUGCAUUCCACGAGUGGCAAUGCAUGCCGACGAUCUGUAAGAAUUCGCGGCCGCAUAGUCGAAUUCGUGUCCACGACGGCGCGAAUUCGCUCGGAUGCGAACCGACCGAUGCCUCGUUAGAUCGCGAAGGGGAACGUGCGGAACUCUCUCUGAUGUGAGUUGGAUAUGGACGGACGAGUGAAGUUGCGCUGCAACUAAGAUCGAUCGCGAAACAAGACCCAUGCGAUACGUAAGGCGCAAUCAAUGGGAAUAUUUCUAAUCGAACGAGUUCCAUCUGGUUGGGCGGGUAUAUCCGAACGACAAGAGAUGGGAUUCAUGUCGAUUCACAGAAUCUUUCCGGAACGACGCGAUCUAAGCCUAGAAUUAAUUCUCCUUUUCUCGAUUAUAUCGAACCGGGAUCAUCAGGGAACUGACGAUGACCGUAAGCAGUGAGCGUCAUCAAUGUUCCACGUCUCAUGUUACUACGACACACCGUCGACUCUGUAUAAAAUUGUGCGUACCGUUCUGGAAAGAGUUUAUAUGAGUUAAUUAUAUUAAUUAUCAUUAUUAUUAUUAUUAUUAUUACACGUUAAUUUGAGAUAAACGCAGAGAUGUUCUUACGUAAACACCGAUAGGAAAGCACGCACUCAAUGAUGAAUGAUGAAAUAGUAUUACGGUUGUACGCCGAUUCGCGGCACGUGACGCGCGUGCUGACGACUAAAAAGACUUUACGCAUUCCGUGAAGGUAACUACCAACGACCCACGAGCAAGUAUGAGCCUCCUGAAUGCGACGAUAUAUGUUCGGAAGUCAUACUUCUUCCGGACAGUGUUGAGACAAUGCGAUUCUUGGAACGAAAUGCGUCUUUGUUUUCCGGUAUCUUCCAGUUGUACUACUAGUAGCGAUAGCAAAUGCGAGAUGUUCUCAGCCUCGUUCGUAGAAUGUUUUCCGUUAACGCGAGUUGUUGCGCGGGCAGAGAUAUUAAUGAUUCGCCGAGUAUGAGAGAUUUAUUCUGGAGGAGGAACAAGAAGAGAAAAGAGAAUAGCGCGCUUUCCAUUUACUUAAGAUAUUACACAAGAAAAUGUGAUGUGUAAUCCGAGUGCAAAUCUAGUGGGUUGUAACGGUUGAUCUUGGUCCACCGUGUCAAGCAUAACUUGGUCUUAUCGUAGUUGUAUUAGCGGCAUUUAGACAUUCGCACGAGAGAGAGAGAGAGAGAGAGAGAGAGAGCUUCUAUCGACGGCCGUUUCGCGAAGGAUACUCGCGACGCGUCGGAAUCUUGGGUUGCGCAAUUCCGUUUGCGAAGCAGAACAUAUAGAGCGCGUUGUCUCGCUACAGAGACGCGAGAAAGCACUUGCCGACAGGCACAAGAGAGAGAGAGAGAGAGAGAUUGACCAAUUGAUCACGAGCGGCAAGUCAGACACUUUUUUACGACUUCGCGAGCGCGCUUUGCCAAUCGUACAUAUCAUCUCGCAAGGACCAUGCAUCUCGCGAUGACACUUUUGAGGAUACUCAAGCAAUAGCACGAAGCAUCGAUAUCAAGGGCUGGACCAGACUUCUUAAAGAUCAAUGAUAAUACCCAAUGCAGUACGAAGAUAUUUUUUAACGGCUAUUUUCGAUACACUAUCAGACGUAAUAAAGAGGAAGACGGAGAGAAUUUUCGUAGAGAGAUCUAAAUUUAGAGAGAGAGAGAGAGAGAGAGAGAGAGAGAGAGAGAAAGAGAGAGAAAGGCUCAUUCGGUCUCCUGAUAUCGUAGUCCCGUGUAGUCCAAUAAACGCUCACCACCCUUGAUUCUGUUUCUAAAUAGAUACUUAACGCGCUAGGAUCACGUAUUGUUCUCUCAACGCAAGUGCUUCGGCAUAACACUCUUCCACGAACUACUCGCGGGCGCUUCCGUUAUCGAGAAAUCUUCGAACGCUGCGACAUCGUCUUAUCUUUACUAUCUUUCAUCGUGCGAAACAUAAAUGAGGAAGAAGACUAAUUUUAUAGGAAUCAAAAAAUUCCCUGAGGAUAAUCCCGAUGGAAAUAUUUCGCUGUAAGUACUAUGAAAAUCGAUGAAAUGAAAGUUAUUGAAAAACUAGUGAAUAUAUAUAAAAAUGAGUAAUAAUUUUCCUUAUAAAAUGCAAUGCAAUACUGUGAAAUAUAAGGAAAAUUGAAGUAUACUGUUGAAAAGUAAUUAAAAAAUUUUUAAAUAUUAGAUAUAAAAUUUACUGAGAAUAUAACUGAAUGCAUGACUUUCAAUAAAAAUUGCUGAAAUAUCGAUUAAGUAAUUUUUUAUUUCAAAUAUUGAUGAAAUGAUAAUGAAAUGAAAUGAUAAUGAAAUGGGAUAAGUUGAGAGAGAUUUUCAAGUAUGUUUUCAUUAUAUUUCCAAUCAAAUAUUUCCAUCAAGGAAUUCUUGACUUUUCCUCUUAAUUUAUGCGGAGAAUUAAUCUAAUUCUUUAUACAAAUUUUACAUUCUCACUCGAAUGCGCUUUAUUUGCUCCAUUUAGUGCUGUUUUAAGUCACAAGGUCGGCAAUGAGUGAAUCGAUGAUCUCUCGAGCAGCUUCCUGUAAUUUAUCAGGAGAUAUUUGACGGAGAUUUGUCCGAUAACGCAAGUUCGCGCGCGCACACAAUCGAUGCAUUCUUGAUCGCGCCGUCGCAACCGCCACCGAUACAAUAUUUGCGAGAUGCACACAGCAGCGCGGUAGUAGCACAAAGAAAAUCCUAUCUUUUGAUAAUUGCACCAUGAAUAUGGCGGAUAUUGCUGCGGCGUAAUCGCGACAACCAUCAUAGAAAAUAGUUAUCGCCGUCAAUGGGGCACGCGUCCCGAUAUAUAAUCAUUCAAGACACAGCAUCUCCGCGGCUUCAGUCUCCUCUCGUACGACGUGUUACGUACGCGGAAAAACGGUUCCGUUGAUGUAAUUGGAUUUUCCGUCGCCUGGAAACCAGACGAAAACUCGAUUGUAGGAACGGAAAAAUAUCUGUAGAAACCUAGAUAGACGAAAAUGAGUAUAAUAUUCAAACAUUUAAUAUAUACUCUGUGAUGCCAACAGCACAACGUGUUUAAAUAUGUUUGUUUUAAGAAAUCUUUAAGGAAGCUCAUUUAUUAUACCAUAAUUUUAAUCAAAAUAUUGGCUUCUUGUUAUUACAUAUUACUAUGAAUUAUUAUUAUUAUAUGUUUUUAUUACUACAAUAAUUCCGGAUUAAUUGCGUUUUCUUUCGGGCAAAAUAAGCAGCAAUAUUUAUGGCAUAAGAAUGUCAUUGCAAUUUUUUCAUCAGAUGGUCUUCUUCUACAUACUAACAAAGUGCUUCUUGUUUAAGGAUACGUCUUAACAUACUUAUGCUAAUCACGAUAAUAUACCGAAAUAUGUCUAUCUGAGAGGUUCCUACUCGAUCAAUUGCUCUCCGUUGUCUCAACCGAGUUUUAAUGCGGCUGAAUGUUCGCACGAACGUUCGCGGUAACGGAAAUAUCAUUUGUUGUCACCGAGUUUUCAUCCGAUCCCUGUUGCAGGAACUGACGUUUUUUCCGAGUAUAUACGCAUGUUUCGUUCAUUUCGAGAUAAAUAUUGGGUUACUCGUUAUUAUCUCCGCCUCUUUCCGCCUCUUCUCCAGACAAAGGAUCGGAAAUUCAUAUUUUACCGUUUCACUCGUAUAUUUGUACACAAAGAUCUCGCGCGUGUCCGAAUAUUCGUCGAUUCGUCCGUCGUAUCAGUUCGUGUCGAAUGAAUUCACGGUGGACGCUUGCCCCAUUCCCGACGGCUCUGCUUCGUUUAUACUUGCGUGCGGUUUAAAAUCACGUUAGUAGUCGUCAUCGUCGACGUACGCGAGAAACAAGCGCGGCGACGGAUACAAAAGCUGCCUCUCGCAGAAAUAUUUUUUUACCGUCUAGUGUCAGCGACCGUACUCUAAUUCGUUUUAGAUCCGGCUAGAGGAACCUAGACGUAGGGUGUGACCGUAGGCAGUCGAGGAAGGCUCCGCACCGGAGGCGUCUCGAGAGCAAAGAGCAGCAAUAUCUCUAUUGCCGUGAGACGCGCAGCCCCGAGAAUCGCUCGUACCUUAACCCGUUAGCGAACACACGCACACACACACAUAUACACAUAUAUACAUACAUGCAGCUUUAACGAUUACAAUAUAAGCCAACGUAACUACAAUUAUCACAGAAAUACAGUGAUAUCGAUAUACCCUCGUCUUGCGCGGUGACAAAACAAAUCACGCGUAAGAAAACAGUACGGCAACGUCGAGCACUAAUUAACAUUCUGAUGAGGCAAUAACGUUCCCAAAGAUACCUGCGAACGCAAGAUAACGUUAAUUAACGUGGAAAUUACGAUUUAAGAGUACCCCCUGGAUACUUGCUGCGACUGUUCUUGUUUAAUAAUGUUAGAAACGAGAAGACGCAUGCCAAGAAUGCUUGCAAGAAUGCUUGCGUUAUACGUUCAAAUAAAACAAUAUCGGGACGAACACUUUUCAUUUAUUCAAAUAUUAUCAAUAAAUAAUCGUACAAUUAACUUUGACAAAAUCAUGAGAAAAAGGUUGAAAAGAAAGAUUACAUGCCAAGUUAAUUUUUUGUUUGAAGAGUCUUAAAUUCUCCAAUCGGAAUUCUUCUCGUCGUUUAAACUGACACAAAAAAGACAAAGAUAACACUAUUCGAUACCGAAUUUUAUUCGUCAGAAACAGAGAGUAUUCCGUGAUAAAAUCGUAAUAACAUAAGCAGGAUCCAUACACUUUCAACAGUUAAACUUGACAAAGUCGCUUGGACGGGAUUAAGGUCACGAGGUAAACGUCACGAUACCAAGGUCCAACAGUGAGAUUGGCUGAUCGAAAUUCCACUUUUUUUUAAAUAUUUUUGUUACUUGAUCAUUGAUCGCGAGCGGAACCGUUUUCGCAGGUUCCACCUGAGCGAGAGCAUUGCAGAAAGAGCCGGUCAGAGCCCUCCAAAGAACGCGUCCCAGGGGCGUGUGUAUAACCGCGAGAGAAUGCUUGAUCGAUGUGUCGUUAUCGACGGCUCCUCCGAGAGAACACUGUAAAUAAUCGAGAAUAAUCAUGUCGAGUGAAGAAAGAGAGAGAGAGAGAGUGUGUGUGUGUGUGUGUGUACGAAUGAAUGUGUGCGUGAGUGCGUGAGCGCGAGCGAAACGGACACAUAAUACAGCGAAUGUGUACGAAUAACUGUAUAAAGACUGAUUAGAUUAGCCUUGGUAUUUAUUCGAAUUUAACGAUUAAACGCUACCGCUUUGCGCGCCCUAAAAUACUCGCGGAGCACGAUGCCAAAGGUAUUCCUUUCCCAGCGAAGAACCACCUUUGCGCCUCGUUUUCUUUUUAUUUCUCUCGUUCAAGCGAGCGAGAGUCGGCCUUGUCGAUCACGCGCUUUGAUUUUCUCUUCGCCGCCUCACCUUCUGCCCCCUCCCCCUCUCUAGUCCGAAGCGUAGUUCGGCUUUUCGCGCCUCACUCAUAGUUUCCCCGAGAUUCCCCGAGGAAUCUACGCUGGCCUAUAGUUAAUCCCGGAGAAACAUUCUUUCCCCACUUUGUGAAACGUUCGCUUCGUAUCGUUAUUCCAUUUCGGCCGCACACGCUUGCGUUUCAGCAGGUAACAGGUCAGGUAACAGCCUGACUAUUCGGGAAAAAAAAAAAAUGAGAGAGCGAAGGCUGAUACGGUGUAUAGAGAUUCGACGUGUUAAUACAUUUCGGACGAGUUACCUCCGUGCACGCUUCGAUUUUUUUCUCUCCUUUUUUUCUCUUUUUUUAGUAACCGACGAUCCGACAUGUCCUCGACAUCGUGCUCGAAUAUGUAUGAACGCAGCAAAGGCAGAGGGAAGAAUUACAUUGCGCGGUUAUAACAGCGACAUUAUUAUCGUCACAACGUAUCAAUAUUAUUCAAUGCAUCGUAUAAACCAGUAAACUAAAUGUAAACUUUGUAUAUUCAUUUACUAAGAGAAUAAAAGUAAAUUAUUCGA